CAGGAGGAGGAGGAGGAGGGGGGUCCUCAGCGCAGAGCAGAAGCUGUGGUGGACGAGCAUCGAAGCGGGAGCGCGCGUAUAGGAAGGAAGCGAAGGGAAGGAGCUGAGGCAGCUCAGUCGCCAGCAGCGGAGCCCAAGACGGCGGAUGAACGGAGGAGCCGAGCGUGUGUGUGCCGUUUGUAUUACAGCAGAGUCCGGCAAGAGACCCACCACUUACACCACCAGCACCACCAGCAGCAGCAGCAGCAGCACCGUGAGAAUGAUGCUCAAACUCAUCCAUCUCCUCGGGGUGCUCGUCUGCGGCAGCCAAGCCGCCCUGCAGGUGUCCAUAUCCUUGAACAAAGUGGAUUUAAGUGUCGGAGAGUCCAAGUUUUUCAUCUGCAUAGCUAUUGGCGAGCCGGUGAGGCUGGAGUGGUACAACCCCCAGGGUGAGCGCAUCGUGGCCUCCAAGCGAAUGGCCCUCCACACGGAGACAUCACGAUCCAGACUCAUCAUUUACAACGCAAUCAUCGAGGACGCGGGUAUCUACCGCUGCCAGGCCACCGACGCCAGCGGUCACACCGAGGAGGCCUCGGUCGUUCUGGAGAUCUACCAGCGGCUGACGUUUCGGGAUGUUCAGUCACCGCAGGAGUUCCGCCACGGCGAGACGGCGGAGGUGGUGUGCGACGUCAUUAGUUCGCCGGUGCCCGUGGUGGUUUGGUACUACCAAGACAGAGAGAUCACAGAGGAGCACCACAGCAGGUACCAGGUGCUGCCGAACAACAACCUCCAGAUCCAUCAGGUGACCAAGGCCGACGAGGGCGUGUACCGCUGCGAGGCCAGCGUCGAGGCCCGAGGGGAGAUCGAUUUUGUGGACAUUGCCGUGGUCGUCAACGUCCCUCCGGUGUUGUCAGUGGCCCAGCAGUCCUUCAACGCCACAGCCGACUACCAGGAGUCGGUCACCUUUACUUGCAUCACGUCUGGAUCUCCUGACCCUGUGGUCACAUGGCACAGGAAAAUGCAGCAGCUGGAGCCGUCGGAGCAGUACAUUCUCAACAGGCUGGAAGGUGGGCGCAGCAUGCUAACCAUCCGCAACAUCCGGCAGGGCGACGGGGGUACCUACACCUGCAAGGCCACCAACAAGGCGGGAUCUCAGGAGAGGGAGCUCUUCCUCAAAGUGUUUGUCCAGCCUCACAUCACCCAGCUGAAAAACGUGACAGCCGUGGAGGGCAGCGCCGCCAUGAUCUCCUGCGUGGCUGACGGCGAGCCUCUGCCUGACAUUUCCUGGAGGAGAGCCAGCGACGGGCAGACCUUCGUGGACGGAGACAAGAGUCAGGACGGGCGUUUUGAAGUCCGCGGCCGCCACGGCAAGUCCGUGUUGACCAUCAGCGGCGUGAGGCUCACCGACUUGGGUCGAUUCGACUGCGAGGCGCAGAGCAGGAUCGGGGGUCAUCAGAAGAGCAUGUUCCUGGACAUCGAGUAUAUACCAAAGUUCCUGACCAACCACACCAUCUUUUACUCGUGGGAGGGGAACCCGGUGAACAUAAGCUGUGACGUGAUGUCCAACCCGCCCGCCACCAUGUUGUGGAGGAGAGAGCGCUUCACCAUCUCUGCGGAGGGAACCGCCAACACGAGGGUGCACAGCGCGGAGGGCAAGUCUGUGCUGGAGGUGACUCCAAUGUCCGACAGGGACUUUGGCCGCUACAAUUGCACAGCGAGGAACAACAUCGGAGUUCGAUACCAGGAGUUCAUUCUGGCACAGGCAGACGUGCCAUCGAAUCCAUACUCGGUGCGUCUCUCGGCCGUUUCCCAGCGCUUGGCGACCGUCACCUUCAUGAAGCCCGACUCGCACGGCGGCGUUCCCAUCAGCUACUACCUGGUCCAGUACAAGGAGGUCGGCUCGCAGGACUGGAGGGACGUCAAGUCACACAGUGUCCAGACAACAGUGGUGCUGACAGGACUGGAGCCCAACACGACGUACGAGGUUCGAGUGGCAGCUGUCAACGGGAAGGGUCAGGGAGAGUUCAGCCACACGGAGACCUUCCAGACUUUACCCAUCCGAGAGCCGAGUCCGCCGGCGGUCCACGGACAGCGAGGAAUGGGCAAGGCCUACCGGCUUGGGCUGGUCAAGCAGGACGACGGAGGGAUGCCCAUCGUGGAGUAUAUAGUCAAGUACAAAACUGAUAAAGAGGAACAGUGGAUGACCAAGCUGGUUCCAGGGGCGAACGACUUCGCGAUGCUGCAGCCGCUGCAGUGGAACACGAGAUACGAAGUGGAAAUCACGGCUCGUAACGUCAAAGGCCUGUCGGAGCCGACCUUCUAUCAGUUCUUCAUGCCACAGAAACCCGACAUUACAGCAGAAUCCCUGUUCAGCGGACUGGGCCUCGGGGCGGUGGUGGGCCUCGGCCUGGGAGCGUUGCUGCUGCUCCUCGUGCUGGUGGACGUCAGCUGCUUCUUCCUGCGUCACUGCGGCCUGCUGAUGUGCAUCACGCGCACGCUGUGCAGCAAGAAAACAGCCACCAGCGGCAAGGGCAAAGAAAUGGAAGAGGGCAAGGCCGCCUACCUGUACACCUACAACAGCCACCCAACCACCCUUUCAGCCACAGAAGCUACCGCUGAAGGAAGAAAAUGGAAAAGAGUCUCUCAAGCCGGAUACGAUUGAAAUCAAAGUGCACAGUGACAACAGCAUCCACACAAAGCCCGACGACAGCAAAGCGUAAAAAACGAAAACAAACACAAUAAAAUAAUUUAAAAAAGCAGAGAAGGGUCGGUCCAACCUCGCCACCAAAAGAACAUUUCGGAUCACGAGACCAAAACCCGGAGAAACUACAACACUGGAAAAAAGUGGAGUGAAAUACCAUAUCUGUUUAUAAUGCCCCGAUGAAAGGCAUGUGUAAAUACAAAUACAAGGGAGGAAAUAGAAAGAGAGAGAGGGUCAACCUUUUUAGACACCCUGAGUGAUAAAUGUAUCGUCAGCCGAAAGCUUGUUGAUCAACGAUUGUAUUUGUUUUGUCCGCUCAUAACUUUUCUCCAUCCUUUCCCGUCCACGCUCUCGCUCUCUUUUUGUUUUUGGAAUUUUUUUGUUUUACGGGACUUCAAUGCAGUCAAACGGCGACGCCUCACGCAAUCACAAAUGCAAAGACACGAAGCUACGCUACCUUUAGUUUGUCUUUGUCGUCGCCACGACGAUUUAAUCGCCUUGUUUCCAUGACGACAGUGUCACACUGCCUUUUUUUUUUUUUCCGUGUCUCCGGUAAAAAAGUGUUGUUGUGUUUCAAGCUAACGGGAACGGGUUUGAAAUAUCGUAUUAAACGGAUUAUUCAGCAGAAUUUAGCCUCGAUAUUUGAUGAGUAACGUCUUCUGAAGGGCUAGCAAUCGGAAAAAAAAGAACGAACGCCGCAUUCCCACAGCGACACGCGUGCGUUGAUGUCAUUGUUCGCGACACUCUCCAAACGUCGUUUUGUUCACCCGCGUUCGACGCACAUACGUGUACGGUAUCGUUUAAUGUCACUGUGAGCUAACGUGCAUUUCAGUGAUGAAAAAAAAAAAAAUUCGCCCCCGUUAAACGUCCUGAAAGGUGUUACGUGAUCGCAAGACUCGAGGAAACAAACGAGUGAAGGCGCAGCUGAAUUUCUUUUUUUUUUUUAUUUCCGCCUCAGAUCCAUUUUUUUUUUUUUUUUUUUGUUUCGGUCCGAUCUCUAUUCUCUCUGAUGUUGUCAUGUGUUGUACAUAGAUGAAAAAAAAAAGAAUAUUUUACAAAGCUUUUAUGUAAAUAUACCCUAAAGGAUGUGUCUUUUUUCAAAAUGCAACUGGCUUGGCUUCUGUUUUAUUUUAUUUUUCUUUCUUUCUUUGUUUCUCGGAUGAUUUUUUUUUUUGUUCAGUGAUGGUGUAAUAUUGCUUUUUCAAGUCAUUUGCUUUCCCUCCAGUAAAUCCAUGCCCUCAGGCGAUUUCACGGCAUUUCAAUAGAGACAGUAAUUACGGCAUUAGUGUGCCUUCUCUCUCUUUUUUGUUUUGUUUCUUCCUCUUCCUGUCUUCGUGGCUCGAUGCUGCCAUCGAAUUAAUUUUUUUGAUCUGCUGCCUCUUUUUUUGAAUUUGAUUGCGAUGCUGUGAAUUCUGGGAGACGUAGUCUUAGGAUCGACGACACUGGACUGAAACUGGACGUGCGUAACUACCUACUCGUACAACUGGAUGUCAGACUCUUGAGUCCAGUGAUGGGCUGCUUCAUCGUGUGUGUGUGUGUGUGUGUGUGUGUGUGUGUGUGUGUGCAUACAUGCAUGUGUGGCUUGUCCACAUGAAUCAGGUUGCAUGUGUGUGUGUGUUGAAUGUAUCCGUGCGUUUUGCAUUUUUCACAAUAAGAGCCUCCCAAUUUCAAAAAUCGGAAAUCAAUAUCUCGCCAUCCUGGCUUUUUUUUUUUAUUAUUUUGUUAUAAUUUAUUUGUUUUUAUUAUUUAUAUAUUUUCAGUUCCACGAUGCAUUGCUCAAACUCUGCGAGUCAUUUAUGUCGUGACCGCGUGCCGAUGUAUGAAUGUCCGAGUGGUUUGACUGUGGAGUGACUUGGCGAGAGCUCUAACCUCCCGAGUUUCAGAGCGCGCUCCGGUAGGUAAAAGCUGAUUAUGUAACGUCUCCACAGUGAUUAAUUCCCCAGGCUUGCAGCACUUCACGUAUGUGUCUGCGAGCCCCCCUCCGCCUGCCGCCGUCCCCCCACUUUCCCUUCACCGCAAUCCCCCUCCCAUUGGUUUUUAUCUCAGACCUCAUAGCGCUGGCUUUGUUUUCUCACAGCGAGCCGUCGUACCUGCAUAUCUCAAAUGGAUGGUCCUGCCACGGAGUGGUUCGGCUGCCUGUUACGAUGACUGUAAAUACGGGAGCACAGUGCCUGGAGGCUAUACGAUUUGUACAUGUUCUUUUUGUAUUUGAAUAUGAGUCAAAAUACCCAACCUCUCCCUCGCCUCUCUCUCCCCUCUCUUUCUCGUCCUCCCCUUCUCCACCACGCCUCAAUCCUUUUUCUGUAGGGGGGGGGGGUUAAAACAGGUGUGUUUGAGCUCAGUGUACAGUAUGUGUCCUCUUUGUCCCCAUGCUCCCCCCCGUGUCCCCCUUGGACUGUCCCCCGCUGAGUGUGCUUUGUGCAGGAGGUGGGAACUAUUGAUGUCUCUCUGUACGUACCUGUGGAACACUUGUGACUCCUGUCAUUUGCCGCUGUAAAUAAACAUGUCCUGGUAGAA